AUGGCAAGCGAUCAGAACACGACAGUAACACAGAGUCAGGCAAUGACAACCAGCAACCCAUCGCUGGAAACAAACCCUGUUACCACCAUGCCAGCUUCACCUGCUGUGACCAGGUCGCUCGACCUAGAAUUUGAGGCGGAAGUACCACCACCAGGUUUUGCAGGCACCUCUGCUGUCUCUUCUAGGAUGACAACGACAGAUCUUUUCUCAUACACCUCCUUGCAGUUCCGGUCAGCGAAACCAACUACCACAGACGUUAAUGUCUUCACCCUGGCGUCACCCAUGAGUGCACAGACUAUAUGUCAUAGCACUAUGCCAGUUAUCACAUCUGCAAGCCCAGGUACUAUUGCACCACAGACGAGCCUGGCCCAAUACUAUCAGCCAUUGGUAACAUACGCCAUGCCGCCUUUAUACUCAGCAGCACUAACGGCGGCAUUAUCCACUCCACCGCAUCAGCCAGUUGUCAUGCCUACAGGGAUCAUGAACGCCUCGGUGACGCCGGGAAAUCAAGCUUACUUCCCAGGAUACUAUUACGCGCCCCCAUACGGGUAUUUACCUCCAUACAACACUCCAACAUACACUCCCCAGGGGGCGGCGCAAGGCUAUGCUCAGCAGUCGCCAUACGCGGCUUAUAUGCCACCUUGGUGGACUUUUCCAACAUCCCAACCGGCUUACAGUCAGACCCCGCCAAUUGCGGAACCUGUGUAUGAUAGAGGAAAUGCAUCUAGACCUCGUUUUCUCCAGGCGGAGGCCCUAGCCCUACACUAA